AUGACAUCUAUUCCACGCACAAACGGCCCGGUCGUGGUGAGAAGUGAGGGCCCCACAGCAGCCGGCUGGGAGCUUCACAGGAGCACCAUCACCGAGCUGUAUGUUGGUCAGGGUAAGACGCUCAAGGAGUUGAUGCACAUUAUGCAGACGGAGCACAACUUUACGGCAAGCGCCAAGAUGUUCAACAACCGCUUCAAGUGGUGGGGGAUCAGCAAGAACAUGCGCGCCAAGAACGCAGUGGCCAUCCUGACGUUGCAGUCCCGGCGCGAGAUGGCCGGACGCCAGCGCUCCGAGUACUUGGUCAACGGCCAGGCCCUGAGCGCGGACCGGCUGCAGAAGUACUGGAAGCGCGCGACCCCGUCGCGCGUCGCAAAGGCCCGCGCCCAGCUACGCCAGGCCGCCGGGCUGCCCGACGCAGUAGUGGUCCGGACCCCGUCGCCGUCGCCGUCGCCGCCGCCGUUGUCCCCCAUGUCGGCGCAAGGGCAGCCAAAGCAGGCGUCUUCGGAUCGGCGGAAGGGAUCUCAGCGGAGGCGGCAGCUGCAGCGGCAGAGGUCGGCGAGCCCGUUGACGCAACAUCGACUGUCGCCGCCGGACGAGCUGCUGCUGCCCGAGGAGUGCCUACACUCGAUCCGCAAAUUCUACGCGGGCUACUUCGAGGCCCGGCCGCAGGGUAGCGGCACACGGUCCAUGGGCCUGUCUUCGUUCCUGGCGCUCAAGGAGCGGCUGGUGCGGUUCGACAGCCAGUACCAGGCGCUGGCCUACAUCUUCGUCGAGCCGCCGGGGGACGUAAUGUUCCGGCUCCUCAACGUCUUCUACAUCGAGAUGCGCGACCAGAUGCGCGAGCACGACCACUUCCUACUGCCCAUGUGCCUGCACAGCGUCUACUUUCUGGCCAGCGACCCGCGCGGCGCGCCCUUCUCGCGCCAGCUGCUGGCCUACAUCCGGGAGGGGAGCGACAUAUACCUGGGCCCCUCACACCCGCUGACCACGGUCUGGGCUAAGCUGGCGGCCACGUGCGCGGCGGCGGAGGGCAGGCUGCCGGGGAGGGGCUUCUUCUACGCCCUGGGCGCGUACAUCAACGACCGGCUGCGCGAGGAGCUGGGCGUGUACAACAUCCUCCUUCGAGGCCGCCAUCCGGUGCCAGAUCGCCCACCUCGACGCCCUCAGGGCCGCCGUGCUGGGCAACGCACGCCUGCCGUUCGACCCACCGCCGGCCGCGACGCCGCAGCCUCCUGA